AUGAUCGAUCUGUCCGCGAUGGCUCAUCGUCGUUACGCCAACCGCGUCCUACUUCCUGCCCAUGCUCGACAAUACGCCGUCACGGCCAACGACAACGUCAUUGCGAUCAAUGGCGGGUACCACGCCCCGGUCCAGCCCGCGACGCUCGGGUGGCACGACUUGCGCUACACGGUACAACCCAAGUCGCUUCUCGGCAAGAAGGGGCCGGCCAAGUCGAUCCUCAAAGGUAUCUCGGGCCACGUGGCGCCCGGACAGCUCACGGCGAUCAUGGGACCGUCCGGCAGCGGCAAGACGACGCUGCUCGAUAUCCUCGCGGACCGCAUCGCGACAGGCGUCAUCGAAGGCGACCUCGAUGUCAACGGCCGGCCGCGCCACUCGGCCUCGUUCCGCAAGAUGGCCACGUACGUUGCGCAGGAAGAUUCGCUCCUCGGGUCCUUUACCGUCCUCGAGACGCUUCGUUUUGCGGCCAGAAUCUCGCUCAAAGCGCCUGCCGACGUCUUGGAAGAGCGCGUUCAGAACGCGAUCGCGGACAUGGGCCUGGCCAGCUGCGCCAACACGCGGGUGGGCGACAUCUUUUUCAAGGGCAUUUCGGGUGGCCAAAAGCGUCGGCUCUCGAUCGCGAUCGCGCUCCUUACCAACCCCUCGAUUCUGCUCCUCGACGAACCGACGUCGGGGCUUGACGCGGCGUCGACGUACUACAUCAUGAAGUACAUUGCCAAGCUCUGCGACGCCGGGCGUACGGUGGUGUGCACGAUCCACCAGCCGUCGACCGACGUGUACAACCUCUUCUCGACCUUGUCGAUCCUUGUCGAAGGCCGCACCGUCUUUUUCGGGCCGCCCGCAUCGGCCUUGACGCACUUUGCCUCGCUCAAGUACCCGUGUCCCAACUACUCGAACCCGGCCGAGUACUUUGUGGGCCUUGUCAACACGGACUUUGAGGGCCACGCCGACGUGAACGCGUUCGUGGAGGCGUUCGCCCGCAGCGACCUAAGCGCCUCGGUCGUCCGCGCCUUCCACGACGACCGCGCCUUGAGCCGCAAGAGCGAUGUGCCAAACCACGAAGCAUCGGCAUUCACGCAGUGGCAAGUGCUGCUGCAGCGCAACUUGCUCAACAAUGCGCGCAACCCAGGCUUGUUUUGGGUCCGUCUCUUCAUGUACAUCAUGCUCGCGUUCAUGGUCGGCACCAUGUACUACCACACGAAUACAGAGCUCACGAAAGAAGACUUGCUGCCGCUGCUCUUUACCGUCGCAGUGCUGCCCUUCUUUAUCGAGCAGCGCGCGGUCUUUGUCCGCGAACGGGCCAACCAAGGCCUCCGCGUCCGCAGCUACGUGCUCGCCAACGUCCUCGCGGCCUUGCCGGGGAUUGCGCUCAUCGCGAUCCUCUCAACGACGCUUGUGUCGCUCAUGUGUGUCAUCGCUGCCGCCGUGCCCCACUACAUUAUCGGUAUUGCGCUCGGGGCCGGUCUCUUUGGCAUGUUUAUGCUCUGCGAAGGCUUCAUGGUGCCCAAGCACGCGAUCCCGGACUACUGGAUCUGGGCCUACUACCUCGCGUUCCACACGUACUCGUUCGAGUCGUUUGUGUACACGCACUUCAACCCGAUCCAGGCGACCGAUGCGACGGCAAAAGCGAUUCUGGUGCGCUACGGAUUUGAAGACGUCGACGUCGACCGCAACAUGGUCAUCCUUGUCGGCUACACGGUCGCCUUUCAGCUGCUCUUUGGGUGGAUCUUGUACCGCUUCCACACGGGCCGCCGGUAA